UUUUCUUGGUGCUUUUUGUCUGAAUUUUAUUUCCAGAAUGGGUAGAAAAUUCACUGCCAUUGCCUGUUUUGUCGGAUUGAUCGGUACGACUAUCGUAUUAGCAUCACCACCAUCAAAAGGUGGUGAUGAUAGUUUUGAAGAUAGUGGUGAAAUCAUCGUUCAACAACAGAAAUUAACACGUCCAAAACGUGGUGGUUAUAUUGAAAAACCGGCCGGUUAUGGUGCAGCUGCCGGUGGCAUGCGUUUCCGUGGUCCAGCUGCAAUAUAUAGUGGUGGUGGUAAAAAUAUUGCCGGAUAUGGUGGUAUGUAUUCAACAGGUGGCGGUAGUUUUGGUGGAAGUGUCGUCAGUGGCAGCGGUGGUGGUUCCGUUCCUGGUCCAAUGAGUCUUUAUAGUUAUGCACCAAGACGUGCUAAUGCUGCUGUUUAUGGUGGUAUUUGGGGACCACAAACCAAUGAAGAAGCAUUGAAAUUCGAUAGCCAUAUGACACGUUCAAUGAUUGCUGAUGCUAUGGCAUCAAGUGGUCGACGAUUAUAUGCCGGACAUGGUGGUCUUAUACCUGCCGCUAUUCAAUCACGACGUAAUAUUCAAUUUUAUGAUGUUCCAUCAAAUUUCGAUGCUGCCGAACCAAUCACGGUUGAAGUUGGACAAUCACCAGCAUCACAAUUAAAUAUUCGUUUCAGAUCUUCGUCUAGUCCAUUAGCGGUGGAACAGGAUCAUUCACCAGCACCUGGAUCAAUGCGUGAAACAAGUAGUGAAGAUGAACCACACAUUUUACGCCAUAUUGUAACACGUCCGAUUUUACAAGAGGUUCAUGAGGUAAUCAAACCAUUUCGACGUGUCACCCAGGAAAUUAAGCCAGUUCAAGAAGAUAUUGAAACCGUUGUUGCUCGAGGCGAUGAAAUCCAAGGAGGAGGUGCCGCUAUCGGCGGAACUAUACUUACCGCUGACAGUGGUGAAGUUAGUGGCGGUGUCCAAUCGGCAAACAUCAUCACUGGUCAUAGUGGAUCGGCUGGUCAAGGAUAUGUACAAGGAAUAUCUACAAAACCGGCCAGCUAUGGAUCUGGAUCAUAUACUAGCGGCGGUAUGAGCACAGGUCAUAUUGGUGCUAUCUAUUCAUCGAAGCCAAAAAGCUAUGCUGGUCAUGGUUUUCGACAAGCCGGUUAUGGUGUUUCCGCCGGAGCCGGUUAUCAAAAACAUCAAAUGACAGGUGGUGGUGCCGAAAUGGCUCAGGUUCAAAUUCCGUUUGCUCGACGUGCUGCUGCUGCUGCUGCUCGUGGUGCUAGACGUGCUUGAAUAGGAAAAUAUAUUUCCAAAUCGCAAAAAAAAUGAUUAAUCAAUACCGAUCUUAUUUCAAUUUUCUCAAUUUCAAUACAAGUCCUGCCAUAAUAAUUUUCUUUGAAAAAAAUAAUUUCAAUUCAAUUUCUGCCACAAAACAAUGAAUAAUUUAAAUUUUUUUUUCUACACACACUGGCCCACCAUUUACCGAAUUUCAUCUCAUCUCUCUCUCUUUCUCUGUCUCACUGUUGAAUCAACUUGUCAAUUUUUUCAUUAAAAUAUUAAUUUUAAUUUUAA